AUGGCGUGCAUGGCGGGCCUGCUGACAUGUGUUUACAUUCUCAAUCACUUGCCAGUGUUCGCUGCGCUGCAACGCUCUAUUGAGGGUCUAGACACAGCAUCCCACUUCAUGGAGUUCAUUAGAAUUUACGGUUACAUAUAUCUGCUGGACAGCUUUGAGAUAAAGCAGCAUGAUGAUGAAGAUCAAGAUCAAGAGGAAGAACAGGCUUCCGAGUUGCUGCUGUCAUCACUGUCGCAUGACGAAACUGAUACACGACCCGUGCCCCCAUCCUCUCCAGGACGCGACUCUCCCACCAGCUACGAACUGCGUCGCUCGUGGAGCAACCGUGCCCAUCGCAAGCGCAGUGUAUUCCAGGAGUUCAUUGGUCCUGAGUUGGAACACAGUGGUGGCUACUUUUACGCCGUUGUAUGGUGCUGCCUUGCUCUCAUUCUCUACAAGUUCCCGUGGCUGCUGUGCUUGCUGCUCAUCCCUGCCACGUUGAUUGUGGUACGACUCAUCCUGGAGCGAUUCAGCAUUGUUGACACCACCCGCAAGCUGCUUUCCAGACACCAGCAAUUGAUCGGUACAUGGAUACACUCGCGUCGAGAUGCGCUCAUGCCUCCACCAAUGCGCGCUAUCCUCAGAUUUAUCAGCCAAGCAGACAAGAAGAUAGUCAGUGGUCUGCUGUCGACAACGGACAAGUUUGUGCCCUUGCUGUUGAUCCUAGUGUUGUGUGUGACCACUCUCCUGAUGGCAUUCUUCUUGGCUGUUCAGGUACAAAGUGAGAGGGGCCACAUCAUUCAACAAAGCACCACUCUUGGACAGCACGUCAUUGGGAUGUAUCCAGAGUUGAGAAGUAUGUGGCAGGGUGAAGGCAAUGCCACGGGUAUGUUACAAAGCAUGAAGGAACAAGCACAUCAGCAAGGUCGAAAUUGGAUACGCACCGGGGUCAGAUCUGUGGUAUCCAGCGAUAACGAUGAUAUCGAGGAUCAGCUAAUGCUUGCCUGGGAUCAGCUUGUGCGACUAUGGACAAAUAAAAGUGUGGUUGUGUGUAGCAAUGUGAGUGGACUGAGUGCCAGUGAAGUGUCUUCUCAGAUCAACAUGACAUCAGUCUUUACUACCGUCAGUAGCAAUAUGGGAACAUUGCACACGCUGCUUGACUCGGCGUGGGUGGUUGUCAAGGGCAACGCUAAACUACUGAUGGGCGUGGUGACGGCGAUACUCUCCGUGUUGCUGGACAGCGGCACAGCUGUGUUAAACCUUGCUGUGAAUGUUGUGAUAUUCCUGACUUCCCUGAUGUAUUUGCUGGCUGCAUCUGACCGUCAGUACAUACCACUGACAUGGCUGACUAGUCUAAUGCCUCCGGAGGCUGGUGCAAGGUCACAAGCUGUUACCUCAGUAUCCAAUGCAGUUCAUACAGGCAUUCUAGUAACACGACGUACCCUGGCUGUCAUCAAGAGUACAUUACCCCCUCUAGAGUGUGCGCUACUCCAGUCUAUGUGGGGAGUAUUUGGUGCAUCUCUAAAGAUGAUAACAUUCUACGGACUGUUUACAUUCUUCACACAUACUCUGUUUGGAUUUGAAGUGGUCUUUACGCCGGCAGUAAUCUCAGCUUUGUUUGCCGCCAUACCUCUACUAGGCAGCUACUGGGUAGCACUGCCCGCAUCACUCUACCUGCCUGUUGCGCAACAGUCCUGGAUCAAAGCAUCACUGCUGUUCGGCCUGCACUUUCUCUGCUACAAUGUUGUCGACGUGGCCAUAUACUCUGAGAUCAAAGGUGGUGGACAUCCAUACCUGACCGGCUUGGCUGUGGCCGGCGGCAUGUACAUAUUUGGACUGGAAGGCGCAGUCAUUGGCCCUAUCAUCCUGUGCUGUGGCCUGGCAGCCAUGGACAUCAACCGCACCAUGCUCAAUGCUAGUAUUCAGAAAACCUAGCCACAGUUAUCAGCAUCAGCACCACCACCAGCAACACAUCUUUGCAGGUCAAUCUCCCUGUUUUUUGUUGUGGAUCCAUGUUUCAUGUUGGGAACGGAAAAUGUUAUCUCAAUUCCGUAUUUGCUGCGAAUGGUGUCCAAUUCUUGAAAGUUAUUUAUUGAGAUCAUGAUAAUUCAAUUCUGGAAAAGAAGUUUGACGAAAUUUAAGUAUCAGCGCAUCUUGGCUGUCUCUCUUUCGUAUUUCUUUGAGUCUGAUUGCGAGUGAUCUGUUUGUAUUCAAUGCCUGCACAUUACCAAACAGUGUCGUGUAGUGUGAUAUUAAAUUGGUACUGGAGACCAAGGUAAAACAUAGAUCACAGUCGUAUAGUUGUAUCACAACAGGCUACUACGGCUCAUCAGUUGUCUAAGGUGUGCACCUAGUCAGAUCAAGCAUUGAUUAUUCGCUUACACUUUGGAGAGCACAUCCGCCCUUUCUCUUGCUCCUUGAUUUCCACUUCUUGAUAAGCCCUUUCUUGAACAAUGAAAUGUAUUUCUGUUAACAUUCCGCAACUGUUUGCAUGAGUUACUUCGGCUUCACUUUACACCGUAUUUUAGUUAUAAUUAUUAUGUAGCAUGUGUGGAUCUACUCACCUUCCACUGAUUAAGGAGAGCUGCAUCUGCGCCUUGAUCCUUGAGGUGGUGGCAUUCCCACGGAUGCGGAGAACUCUGUCUGAGUGGCAAAUCGCUCGACUCCGUGA